CCGUAUUUCGGAGUUUAACCCCUCUGCAGUCGCUGGCUGGGAAAUCCGCUAACCAAUCCUGGGCAAAGGGAAAACACUGGGCGUUCCCUGCGCGUUGUAACUUAAACUGUACUGACGCGGAACACCCUCUGACUGAAGUCCCAUCGUGUUUUAGGAUCUGAUGAGCGUGAUGCUGUGUCCGGUGAUUUCUCGUCCUCGGUUCCGGGAAUACUGAGUCUCCCGAUUAAACUUCUCGGCUGGGUCGCCAGAAAUUUCAGGACACUCUGCACAAGUUGCAAUAUCUCAUGAAAAUUCCCGGGGAACUUCGAAAACGAUGUUUACGCGUUAAGCUUACACAAUAGCGUAACGAAACCGUGCCGAACCUGUUUUUUUGGUCGAACUUGAACUUCCACGGACUAAAGUCUGAUAAUCGAUUGCUGCUUUGGGCCCGAGCUGUUAAAACAACUUCUUAAAUUGGCAAACAUGGGCACAUCUGAUUCAGAAGACAGUAAUUCCAUGUCAGAGUACAACUCUGCAGACGAUGACUGCUUUGAGUUCAGGAUAUUGAUGGCCUAUGCAGAAAGGUCUUUGUUGGCGGAUGGAAGGUCGAAAAAUAAAUUGGCGUUAUCCGCAAUGGACAAAAGGGAGGCAAACCAGUCUUCAAGUAAAGGGGACAAGCUGGAUCCAUCACACAAUGUUAGUCCGAAUGGUCAUCGGAAGGACUCCAUUUUAAUCUGGCCUGUUGAGAAACAGAAGAAACCUGUUCGCAAAAGCAAAAGGAAACUCAAAUGGAAAAGAUGGGUUCCCAGAUGUUUACGAGCAGAAACAUCAAAGUACGAUGGAAAAGUGUAUGAAGAGAGUGGAGGCAUUGAUACGGCAAGAAGCCACACAUGUGAAAUCGAUCUUCCUGAACCAGCACGUGAUUCAGAAGUGAACCCUCAUAAAGUUGCUGAAAUCCUGCAAAAUGUUAUGAACACAACAACUUCUUUUCGAAUGUUGCGUUCUUCCAGUUUAGAAGAGGAUGGAACAGAUGAACAGAAAACCAUAGACCAAAUUGUCGAGUUCUUGACUGCCAAAGGAGAUUCUAUUGAUGAAAAAAUUAAGAAGGACCCCCAAUUUGCCAAACUGUUCAGUGAAAAGUCAACUUUCUCAUUUUUCAAGAAAGUAAUGGAUUAUGCUCUUCAAGUUGCCUUACCUGAGGAAAUUAAUUCAGAAGCAGAUUGUGAAUCGAAAGAAAACUUGAACAAAUUUGCUUUUGUUGUACAUGCAACUACUAAGUUUGCUGUUACUGGCAAUCACCCAAUGACACGGAUCAUGGGCUUUGGAACAAAGUACUUGCAGGAAAAAUUCACAGUCUGGGUCAAGGACAAAGGAGGAUGGGAGAAUAUAAUUGAAGAGGAGUGCAUUAUUGAUGCUCAAACAUGAAAAGCACCCUGAAAGGAUUGGGCUGCCUUGCACUUCAGCAGAGCUGCUCUUUGUGAUAGGAGCUCGUGAUGAGAGCCAGGUGAUCACAGAAUCAAGAUAUAGAAAUUCACUGAGUGAAAGCAGGGUAUUUAUUUAGUGUAAAUGUGGGGAUCGGGUCCAAAAAUGCCAUUGUUACCUCAAUGGCCUGCUGAUUUCUGCCAGCAUUUUGUGUCUUUUAUAGAAAUUCUUAUUGUGUUUAUUCAGCUCUGUGUGUUGGGGUGCCUGGAAUACUGUCUGAAAUCUCACCAAAGCUGAUCCUUUUGGUAUAAUAAAAGUUCACGGGUAAUAUUUUGAAAGAACAUGCCUCUAUUCCAUCUGGCUCUUAUUAUGUGAAUUAGAAGCGUACCAAAUGCUUUGCUAAAAUUAAUAAAUUGCAAAGAGCAGUUAUUGUGUGUGUGUGUAAUGACAGGAACAAAGAGAAUGUGCCAAUGAUGACAAAUGCACUUUCUGACCUGUGAUUUUUACCAUUAGGAAAAGUUCCUGAAACAGUUGGCUUAAGGUGGUGCCAAUCCUGAAAUUAUAUCUUGAGCAUUUAGUUGUAGUCUGAUUUAGAGAAUAAUACGAUCUUUUCCUGAUUAAAUUAGAAAUCGGCAUUUUUGAAAUGAACUAUAUUUGCAAGUUUAGUCCAUCUGAAAGCAGUCUAAAUCUUUAGGAGUGCAAUCUUUGUGUGGUAUAAAAACUCUACAGUGAAUGAACAGAGGUAGAAAGUUCCAGUUCUAACUGUGAUACUUCAGAGGAAAACCUGGUCUUGGUGUGAUGUGAAUAUGAAAAGAGAUGAAGAUGAACGGUGCCUUACAGGUUAAUUUGGAAUGGUGGGCUGAGUUUCCUGCUGUUGUUACCUGAUUCAAACAGCUUCAAUUCUAAAUUGUGGGGGCAAGGAACACUGACUGAGAGCAGGGUAGUUAUUUAGUGUAAAUGUGGGGAUCAGGACCAAAGAUGCCAUUGUUACCUCAGUGGGGAGCUACAAUGAUUUUCCAACCAGGUUAAAACAGUUUAGAGGCUGGGAAUGAAGCUUGAGCAAUAAGUUCUUUCUUUAUCUGGCCCAGAGGAUUAGGAACAAACACGAGGAAAUCUGCAGAUGCUGGAAAUUCAAACAACACACACACAAAAUGCCGGUGGAACGCAGCAGGCCAGGCAACAUCUAU